AGGCGCCAUAGCGUCCCAGAGGUUGUAGUCCGGCUCCGCCGCCCCGCGCAUAGGAAGUCAUUUGCGCGCUGAUAACAGAAAGACUCCAAGUCCCAGCGACAGCUGCUGCUCUUUUUUUAAUCUUCGGGCAGGGGGAGUAUUCACAGCUGGAAGGAUAAUAAGAUGCGCAUGAAUUUACUAUCUGGAAUCAAAGAUACGAGAAAUUAAAUGGAGGGCUCGGUUAGCGUCGCGUGCGUAUUAAGUAAAACCGAACUUGGUAUUUAUAGCGUUUAGACUGUGACGCUACGACUUUGUUUGUGACUUCAAGAAAGUGCAGAAUAAUAAAACUUCAGGCUGCGCUGUCCUCAGUUGAUGGAGUUACAAAGUUUCUUCAGGCCACUCACAAUGGAAAGAAAAGCACCCUUCGCCGACUGUGAAGGUUUCCUGUGGCCAGAGUGGAUUACUGACUUCAGAAAAGAGAACACUCACCGCUCCGGGAUUUGAAGUCGGUGGCAGCGAGUUCAGCGCCAAAGCCCGAGGACUGUUCAUAGACCCUCUGCGUGUCACCCGUACGCCUAGUAAAUCAUUAUGCUGCGUAUAAGCUGAGGUGGGUGUAGAGAUUAUUACCCUCUUAUAGCUGAAAAACAAUGCUGCGCUAAUAGAGACACAGUGGUGAGUCACAGCGACCGAGGAUUCGCCCCGAGAGCGUGGCCCCGCGGACCCACCAUUACGCACUACACGCUCCCAUCGGAAGAAACCCAAUGUCUGCCUCCUCCCCCCCGUCUUUACCUCGAACCUACCUCCACUCGGUCCUUCCGCAACACUUGUCCUUGCUGUCCCCCCCGUCCCCGGCGCCGAGCCCCCCCGGACCGCUCUACACGCGGCUGUCCAACGGCAGCCACAGCGCCCACAGCUCCACCAACUCCCACAGCUCCUUCCGUGGGGUGUCCUUCCUGCUGCAGAUCGGCCUGACCAGGGAGACGGUCAACCUGGAAGCCAGCGACCUGUCCCUGUCUGCUGUCAAGGACCUGGUGUGCUCCAUAGUGGACCAGAAGUUCCCGGAGUGUGGCUUCUUUGGCAUGUACGACAAGAUCCUGCUGUUCCGCCACAACCUAAACGACGAGAACAUACUGCAGAGGCUGACGUCGGCGGAGGAGAUCCACGAAGGAGAUCUGAUCGAGGUGGUGCUCUCUGCUCAGGCCACGGUUGAAGACUUCCAGAUCCGACCCCAUGCCCUGUUCGUCCACUCCUACAAGGCCCCCACCUUCUGCGACUACUGUGGCGAGAUGCUAUGGGGUCUGGUGCGGCAGGGGCUCAAAUGUGAAGGGUGUGGGCUAAACUACCACAAGCGCUGUGCUUUUAAGAUCCCAAAUAACUGUACCGGUGUCCGGAAGAGGCGGUUGUCCAAUGUCUCGCUGCCUGCACCAUCCAUCUCUGUGCCCCGGCCGGCACCUACUGAGCACCCUCUGGUCGUUGCAGACGAGAGGGCCCAUCAGGAGGCCGGGAAGCGGAUCCUGUCGUGGAGCGGCAGGCCGAUCUGGAUGGAGAAGAUGGUGCUGGGACGGGUCAAGGUGCCGCACACCUUCGCCAUUCACACCUACACGCGUCCCACUAUCUGCCAGUACUGCAAGCGUCUGCUGAAGGGUCUCUUCCGCCAGGGGAUGCAGUGUAAAGACUGCAGAUUCAAUUGCCAUAAGCGAUGUGCUUCAAAGGUACCAAGAGACUGCUUAGGGGAGGUGGACUUCAACGGAGAGCCAGUCAGUCCUGGCCCAGACUCUGACAAUACCAUGGAUACUAUGGAGGUGGACAGCAGUGAAAUGGAUGGUAGCAGGGGGCUGGACGAUCCUGAGGAACCCUCCACUCCAGAGGAGAGGAUGUUCGACAUGGAUUCUCCCUUUUUGGACAGGGAGAAGGAUGAAGAGCCCGUUAAGACCAUUAGUCCUUCCACUAGCACCAACAUCCCUCUGAUGCGGGUGGUCCAGUCUAUCAAACACACCAAGAGGCGGAGCUCCACUGUGGUGAAGGAGGGCUGGAUGGUUCAUUAUACAAGCAGAGACAACCUGCGGAAGAGACAUUACUGGAGACUGGACAGCAAGAGUCUGAGUCUAUUCCAGAACGACACCGGAGCCAAGUUCUACAAAGAAAUCCCUUUGUCCGAGAUCCUCCAGGUGGAACCGUCCAGAGACUACAGUAAUCUGGCCCAGGGCAGCAACCCUCACUGCUUUGAGAUCAUCACAGCCACCAUGGUCUACUACGUGGGGGAGAACAACGGCAGUCACUACCACAGCCCUGCUCUGGCUGCUUCGGGAGUGGGCGUGGAGGUGGCCCAAGGCUGGGAGAAGGCCAUCAGACAGGCCCUGAUGCCCGUCACCCCUCAGCCCAGUGUGGCCAGUGCUGCCGGCCAGGGCAAAGAUCACAAAGAGCUGUCCAUCAGCAUAUCCGUGUCCAACUGCCAGAUCCAGGAGAAUGUGGAUAUUGCUUCAGUGUACCAGAUAUUCUCUGAUGAGGUGCUUGGGUCAGGACAGUUUGGCAUCGUGUAUGGAGGCAAACAUAGGAAAAGCGGCAGAGAUGUGGCCAUUAAAGUCAUUGAUAAGAUGAGAUUUCCCACCAAGCAAGAAAGCCAGUUGAGGAAUGAGGUGGCCAUACUACAGAACCUUCACCACCCAGGUAUCGUUAACUUGGAGUGCAUGUUUGAAACGCCGGAGCGGGUCUUUGUUGUCAUGGAGAAGCUACACGGGGACAUGCUGGAGAUGAUCCUGUCCAGUGAAAAGAGCAAACUGCCCGAGCGAAUCACCAAGUUCCUUGUCACGCAGAUCCUUGUGGCCUUGAGGCAUCUGCACUUCAAAAACAUCGUUCACUGUGACUUGAAGCCUGAGAACGUCCUACUGGCCUCCGCUGAGCCCUUUCCGCAGGUGAAGCUGUGCGACUUCGGCUUCGCCCGCAUCAUCGGCGAGAAGUCGUUCCGGCGCUCGGUGGUGGGAACCCCGGCCUACCUGGCUCCGGAGGUGCUGCGCAGCAAGGGCUACAACCGCUCCCUGGACAUGUGGUCGGUGGGAGUCAUCGUGUACGUGAGCCUGAGCGGCACGUUCCCGUUUAACGAAGACGAGGACAUCAACGACCAGAUCCAGAACGCCGCCUUCAUGUACCCCCCCACGCCCUGGAAGGACAUCUCUGCGGAGGCAACUGACCUCAUCAACAAUCUUCUCCAAGUCAAGAUGAGGAAGAGGUACAGCGUGGACAAGUGUCUCAGCCAUCCCUGGUUACAGGAUUAUCAGACAUGGCUGGACCUCAGGGAGUUCGAGACGCGGCGAGGCGAGCGCUACAUCACCCACGAAAGCGACGACGCGCGCUGGGAGGAGUACGCGGACGAGCACUGCCUCGUGCACCCCAAGCACUUCAUCAUGGCCCCCAACCUGGACGACAUGGACGAAGACCCCUAGUGGCGAGGGCGGAGGGGGGGGGGGGGGGGGGCUCAAGGAUCGCCACAGGGACGUUUCUGAUGAAGCUCUGGGAGCACUGGAUUUUCCCUCCAGAGGCGUUCUGUGGCGGAAACACAGGGACGCGGAUCUGAUGGAGGACUGAUCCCUGGAGAUCCGCGAACAGGGGGGAACCCAGAAGACGCGCCACAGCAACGCGUCGCGAAACCGCCGGGGGAGAGAGGCGCGCUCUCCUUUUCGCACGCUUUCCAAACAUUCCACGGAACCGUUCCAGAACAACUGCAAGCGGGACGAGCUCAGCGCUUCGGUGAUCGCACGCGCGGGUUUGGUUAAUGGCUUGACAUCAUGACUCUGGUCUCUGCGUGACAGCGGAGAGGAGGAUGCUCACAGGAGUAAAGGGCACCGUUCACGAGGGAGCCGCAGUCUGAGAAUCCCACACGCUCGCGUUCAUUCUCGUUCCCGAACCGUUUGUGAGACUCACCUUUGACAUGAAACUGGAAUUAUACCAUGUAUUUGUAUGUUUUUUUUAAUGUAUUUAGUAAUUGUGGUAGGUUUUUGCACUAUAUUACCGUUGAACAGCAUCGGAAUAGAAACACUAUUCGCUGCCACACAGCUAAGCUUGUGAGUGUUCAUUCCAGGCGUUGAUCGUCAGCAGAGGGUUGAUGCUUCUAUACAAUAUUCGCUCCUUCAUCGGAUGGUUCGAGUGCGAUGUGCUCGUGGCAGCUAAUAUUGUGUAGGUUGUAACAACCUUCACCUGGAGGUGGCGACCAGCGGACCCGGAUCAGGAUCGCUGAGCAGAACCGCUCCUUUUGAGGGUUUCAGCAAAAUGCAGUAACGGAGCCAACGGCUCCGUUCAUCGUUGUUCUGCCUUUUUCUGUCAUCACCCUUUUUUUUCUACAGUCGUUGCUUUUGAUGCCUGUUUGAAGCUGAAGCAUCCAGCUUUUGUUUUAGUGUCAGUUAGCUUUUUUUUGUCUAUUCUGCAUAAACAUCCCUUUUGUCUGGACAGUAAACAAACUACAAGCUAUUUGUAUAAUUAUGAUUUGGAUCAGUUGGGAGUUACUAGUACUACAGUUCCAUGUGUUUUGUAUGUCCUUCCUUCCUGUUUGUCCUUUUCUGUCUCUGUUGCCGCUGGUUUGGCAGGUGUCAGUGUUGUGUAUAUUUCAGUACAUAUCAGUGGAAUAAAAAAAACAACGGUUUUA